AUGCGUUCCAUCAUCUUCCUGUCUCUCAGCGCUCUCGCGGCCAUCGCAGCUGCAGCUACCAAGGAGAAUGCUUUCAACAUCCCUGCCAACGGUUACCAGUUCAGUGCUGGUGAGCCCACUACAUUGACCUGGGACCCUACCACCAGUGGAACUGUCACUCUCAAGCUCCAAUGGGGCGAUGUUUUCACUCCUGACUCUGGUUCAACCAUUGUCUCGAGCAUUCCCAAUUCCGGAAGCUACACCUGGAAUGUUCCUUCUAGCAUUGCUUCUCGGCCUGAUUACACCGUUGAGAUCAUUUCCGAUGAUGAUACCUCCCAAACCAACUACUUGAACCGUUUCACGAUUGCAGGAGCUACUGGUGUCGCGUCGAGCACGGCUACUGCCACUUCCACUAAGACCGCCUCUACCAAGUCUACCUCAACUACUACUAGCGGAACUCCUACCAUGACCACUGUGACUUCGACCACUGCUUCUCCCUCCAGCAGCCCUUCGACCACCAGCAGCUCGUCUACCACUGAAACUUCGACUACUACCACCCAGGCUUCCCGCACGACCGCCACUACCUCGCCUACUUCGGUCCCCAACGCCAAUGGCGGUAUCAUCAACCGGAUCUCCGGUGGCAUGAUGGCGCUCGUCAUGGGUGUGAUUGCAUUCAUGUAA